ACUUUCUACUUCACACAACUCACUACGGUUUUUUUUUGUCUCUCAAUUUUUUUUACUCUUCGAACAAAAACACAAAUUAUUUAAAUAUUUUGUGUGUGCUUGCUACGAAUUGUAAAAACCAAACAAACAAAAAGUGUAAAGUUCUGAAUAUAUAUAUAUAUAUUUAUUUGAUUUUGUCGUGUUCGGAGUCGAGUUUUAGCCUUUGAAUUUAACGAUUAUGGAUGCGAAACGUGGCACACGCCAAGGUGCCUCCAAGACGAGCGUCGCCUCACGUCAUGCGUCCAACGCGAAUGUGGCGCGCAAAUAUGGCAGCGAGGUCAGCCUGACGCCCAGCCAGGCCAAGCACAAUGUGGACAAUCCACGCAAGUCGCCUUUGGAUGCGCUGAGUCGCCACAACAAUCGCCAGGAUCCGUUUCAGCGUCGUUCUGGCCUGCAGGAUGUGGACGAUAGCUUCAUGGCUUCCAAUGCUUUUGCUCGUCCAUCGCGUGUGCGUCACACUGGCCUGGAUGGCCAAGCUGCAGGUAAUCAGCAAGUGGGCAAUGCUGCCGUGGCACCCUUAAGAGUCGCCUCUGGCCAGGAGCCGCAGCAGAUGCAAUACCAACAGCAGCAGCUGUCACCACAACAGGCUGCUCAGCCGCCCGUUGCCAACAUGGCAGCAUCUCAGAUGCAACUACAACAGCAGCAACAGCCAGCGGCAGCACAACAACAGCCACCGGCUGCUGUGGUGCCUUCACAGCAAUCGUUGCAACAGCAGCAGCAACCACAGCAAUACGUGCAGCCACCGGCUGCUGGACAACCCACACGUCAUGAUCCUUAUCCCAGCGGACGCGCUCAUGUGCAGCAUCAACAUCACCAUCAACAACAACAGCAGCAGCAGGCUGCCUAUGAACAGCAAGUGGCACAGCAGGAGGCACAUGCUCAGGCUCAAGUUCAGGCACAGCAACAACAACAACAACAGCAGCAGCAGCCACCAGCUCAAUUGUCGCCACGCAAGCAACAGCAGCAACAGGGCUACGCUGGACAACAAUCUACGCCAGCUGGUGGCGCCUCAGCUGCGCCAGCCGCUGCCGAAAUGUGCACCACUUGCCCCAAUUGCCAGACUACCAUCUAUUUGGUGCGCUCUCCCGAGCUGGGUCAUGGUGAUGGCGGCAUGCCCAUGCAGUAGUUAUCCAAUCAAGAAAAAAAACAAUGAAAAUUCCAAACAUCCGCUUUGGCUUGCAAAAUUCAAUGAACCUCGAAAGAACAGAAUUCUGGAUGUGUGUUGUAUAUAUCUUAUUGUAUAACGAAAUUUGUUUGUCGUACACACUACCAAAAUUCUGCAUUCCUCAAAUGCUGACAAUAGAUCAAAGCUCAAUUUAAAAUUCUUCGGUUCAUUUGGCUGGCGAAUAAACUCGCUUCAACUAUGAAUCAAAAAUUCAAAUGUAAAUAUAUGGAAUUUUUAAACUUUUAUGGG